AAUAUGUUUUUUUUGAGCGAGAUAAAUAAAAGUAGUAUAUGUUUUUUGACAAUACAACGUCAAGUGCGCGACAUUAAUAAUAUUGCGUAAUGAGACCGUGCGUUUGUAUUAUUUGCAAAUAACAUGCGUGCUUGCAUCUCUUCAUUUCUGGUUAAAGGAUCCAACAACAUUUUUGCAACCAAUAACGCACGCUACUGAUUUACAAGAAUCGCAUGCGCGAUUUCUUUUGUUUCCGGUGUGUGUCGCGCUGAUCAACCGUGUGUCAGCACUGUGGUCGGAAAAUUCGGAUAUUCAAUGUUCGAUCCACGCGACUGCGAGCGGAUGUAACUCUGCUGUAAAUAGAAAUAGACGAUCACAAUUGCUGAUCCACGGUGGUGAUGAUAAACGAAUAAUCGCAGUAAUGGCAACCGCAGCAUUGGAGCACUUCGUAAACAAUGUCCGGACUAUGUCAAAGCAGGGCAAUUUUAGAGAACUUAGCGAUUACAUAGAAAAAAACAAAGAUACGUUAAUGAAAUGUGGACAACACCUGGAUACUGUUUUGGAGACGUUAGAUGUGCAACAACAUUCUUUAGGUGUUUUGGCAGUUCUUUGCAUAAAGCUCUCGUUGUCUAAUUCUGGGUUUACUUUUGAGACAACCAAGCCAACUUUUGUUCAAGUUCAGGAAUUCAUAGUUGGAUGCAAUGGGGAGCAAGUUAGAUUUGCGCCAGAAAUGUUUGCGGAAUUGUGUCAUCUUUACACACAGAGCCUGGUGGAAGCAAAAAUGCCAAUACGCGGAAUUGAAUUGUUACGUCGCGCGAUUCGCAAAGCGCAACUGUUUGACAGCCAAUUAACAUCGAUACAUGCCGAUCUUUGUCUAUUGUGUCUUGUGUCCAAAUGCUUUAAGCCAGCGCUUGAGUUUCUCGACGUUGACAUUACUGGUAUCAGUCAGGAAGGCGGUCCGUUCGAUUCGAAGUAUUUUCUAUUGUAUUACUAUUACGGUGGUAUGAUAUAUACAGCACUGAAGAACUACGAUCGGGCGUUGUAUUACUUCGAAGUGUGCGUAACGACACCCGCGAUGGCAGUCAGCUAUAUUAUGCUGGAGGGUUACAAAAAAUACAUCCUGAUCUCACUCAUAUUGCACGGAAAAGUGUUGAACCUACCAAGAUACACGAGCCAGGUGAUCACCAGAUACAUCAAGCCCUUGAGCCAGCAGUAUCAGGAACUGGCCGCGGCUUAUCAGGUUAACAGUUGUGAGGAGGUGCAGAACAUUAUCACAAAGUAUCAACAAUUGUUUGUGAGAGAUCACAACAUGGGUCUCGUAAAACAGGUGCUUGCUUAUUUGUACAAGAAGAACAUACAGAGAUUGACCAAGACCUUUCUGACGCUCAGUUUAAGUGACGUCGCCAGCAGAGUUCAGUUGUCGGGACCCGCCGAAGCAGAGGAAUAUAUCUUGAAUAUGAUCGAGGAUGGCGAAAUCUUUGCGACGAUUAAUCAGAAAGACGGCAUGGUGGUGUUCCACGACGAUCCUGAAAAAUAUAACACGCCUCAAAUGUUAGCGAACUUCGAAAACGAAAUGGCAGCGUGCACGGAACUGGACAAGCGGGUGUUGAAGAUGGAGGAGGAGGUCGUUCUCACGCCGCAAUACAUUCGCAAAGCUUGCGGACAGAACGAUCAGGAUGAUCAAACCGCCGGACCUGCAACGAACGUUACAAACGCGCAAAUUAAACAAACCACUUACCCUCUGUAACAUAUAUGUAUAUUAUUUUGCGCGGUAUCUUUAUUAUGAAACAAAUUACGAUAACUUGUGAAAAAUCUUGUUGAGAAUCAAGACUUUAACACGUGUAAAAGUUUGUUUUGGAUAACUUAUAGCAGUCAGAGAGAAAUUUCACAGUUCGCGCGUGCCGUCUUUUUUGUAGAGAAAAAUAUUUACGAAUAAGAGUUGUAUAUGUGAAUACGUGUGAAUGCGCGCGUGUGUGUGGAUUUAGUUAGGAUCUGACAUGUGUGUUACGGAGAUUUUAAUAAAAUAAUAAAUAUAUAUAUAAAUAAGCCUUGUACUAAUUAAUAUAAAACAAAAAUACUCCUAUAUAGUUCAAUAUUUAUACUUUACAAUAAAUUAUGUAACUCUUUAUUCUCAUGAAAAAUCUCUGUAACAUAUAUAACAAAUUUAAAAUUAGACGGAAAACGUAAAAACCGAUACGCGCGGCGCGGGAGCAUUUGCGAAACAAAUUAUCUUGUCAUCAAUUUUAAGUUUUUAUCGUAAACUCUACAUAUAUAUAUAUAUUCGCAACACACACACACCAAUUGAAUUAUAAGUUUUAUAUCACAAUUCGCAAUACUUGGAGAAAUAGAAAUAUUUUAGGCACAAUAUUGAUUUUACAUAUAAUAGUGUGUCAAGGUGCGCAAUAUCGAAUCAAUAUAUCACACUUUUCCAAGAAACUUGUCACACAUUUAUGCAUUGACAUGGUGUGCGUUUUGUGAUCAAAAACAUGCAUCUCUCACUUCCCAUCUCUCUUCGAGAUCUCUCUGCCUGCAAUCGCACGCAGAAGUAAAA